AUGCCUUUCAUUGCUAUCGCCAUUCUCUACCGCAAAUACCGCGCCGGCCGUAUAUCCCUACGUGCCUUCCUCCGGUUCGUUCUCAACAUGUUCCAAUAUUUGAUCCUCCACAUCACGCUUUUCUUCCUCAACAUGUGGGGGCUCUAUGUAGUCAUUGGCCACAGCACUCGUCCAACGAAUACUAUCACUUGCACCAAUACCACCUCGGUCGUCGUCAACCUCCCGAAGUAUCAGGAGGUCCGCAACCUCCCAAAGUAUCAGGAGGUCCGCAACAUUCCCCGUUGGAGGGAGGCUGGAGCUUAUCGUCAUGAAUACUCGGAGGCCCGCAUGGUCAAAAUUACGGGAUCGGUCUGGGAGUAUGUCCAUGAGCCGGUGGUGAGAGGGACUAGUGGUGUUUAUGGGGUGGAGAGGGCGCAGGGGCAGCUCGUGCAUGCCUUCCCUGCGUUGCAUGGUGCGAGGGGAAUCUGA